CUGAAAAGGAGGUUUAAGAAACAACAACAUUGCCAGGCGUGGAAUCCAGAUUGUACAGAAACCAGGGCAACUUAGAAAGCGCGCCAGACCCCCUGACGGGCGCCUCCGCUUUACCGCGACUUGGAAUACUCAGUAAGGCUGCUCUUCUACCCCGGCUUACUGAAGUUUUCCUUGAGCGCAAGUCAAGUCGUCAAAGACUGAUUCUCGCCGUCCUUCCCCAAACCACUCGGAUGUUAGAUAACAAUGACACAACCAGCUCCACGAACCAGCACAACUACGAGGCGAUGUGACUAGCCCGGGGUAUCGUGUGUUGUUGUUUUUCAGCGAAAUUUACGCAAAACUAGCUAGCUAGCAUAGCCUAGCUCGAUGCUACACGUUGAAUGCUCAGGAAACGUGGGAAAGGCUUUGUGAUAUCAGUGGAUUCCGGAAUUCAUGCUUAGGAUCUGCGCUGUUUUUCCGUGGAGUUCUGUGCAAGAAGGAGGAUUAUUUAUUUGUUCGUUACUGCUGUCGUCACCUACUCACGAUGGCACCGUUGCUGGGCCGGAAGCCGUACCCGCUGGUGAAGCCGCUAAUGGAGCCGCCAGGCCCAGGAGAGGAGGUCUACGUUAUUGAGCACACCAAGGAGGCCUUUAGGAACAAAGAAGAAUAUGAGGCGCGGAUGCAGAGGUAUGGGGAACGCAUCUGGACAUGUAAGAGCACCGGCAGCAACCAGCUCACGCACAUGGAGGCCUGGGAGGAAGAGCAGGAAGUAACUGAGCUGCUUCAGGAGGAGUACCCAGUAUGGUUUGAGAAGCCAGUUCUGGAGAUUGUUCACCAUAACACAGUGUCUCUAGACAAACUGGUGGACUUGGCCUGGGUGGAGAUUCUCACCAAAUACGCUGUUGGGGAAGAAUGUGACUUCUUGGUUGGUAAAGAUAAGAGUUUGCGUGUGAAGGUGGUGAAGAUUCACCCGUUGGAGACUCCUCAGGAGGAGCAGGCGGAGAAAAAGAUGGAAGGAGCAUGUGACUCACCCUCAAGCGAUAAGGAGAACGCCAGUCAAGAGAACCAAAAGAAGGACCCCCAGCCCAAGGAGGAGGAGAACAAGAGAGACAGUCUGUGUGACCGAGCUCGCCGUUCCCCCAGGAAACUGCCCACCAGCAUGAAGGAGGAGAAGAAGAAAUGGGUGAUGCCUAAAUUCCUCCCACACAAAUAUGAUGUCAAACUAAUCAAUGAAGACAAGGUCAUUAGUGAUGUUCCUGCAGACAGCCUAUUCAGAACGGAACGUCCUCCAAACAAAGAGAUCAUGCGCUACUUUAUCAGACACUACGCUCUACGUCUGGGUUCAGGCGAGAACGCCCCCUGGGUGGUGGAGGAUGAACUGGUGAAAAAAUACAACCUGCCAAGCAAAUUCAGUGACUUCCUACUCGACCCAUACAAGUUUUUGGCUGAAAAUCCUUCAUCCAAGCGGAAGAGUCUUGCAUCUCCUGAGGGAAAGCCCAGUAAGAAGAUGAAGACGUCAGAAUCUGGACCAGAGAGUGAAGGUUUGAAUGAGAAGGGUGAGAAGGAGAAAAAGAGGAAGAAAAAGAAAGAUGCACAAAACAUACCUCUCAGCCCAACACUCUGGGGCCACAUGCAGGUAAAGAAAAUGAACGGUUCUCCAUUGAAAGUAAAGAACUCUGGAACACCCAAGAAAUCAGGCACAGAGGCUGUCCUCUCCACUCCAAAAUCUAGUAAAAAGCAAGGCGACAAAAAAAACAGUGAUGCUAAGAAGAGCCGUAAGAGUGGAGCGGCCAAGACCCCUAACGGCCAGAAGGCCUCCAAAAAAGACGAGAAAGGCUCCGGAAGCAAUAAGAAGCCCAAAAUGAAGCAGAUGACCCUUUUGGAUUUGGCCAAGAGCCCCAGUGCAGCGGCCAGCCCUAAAAAGAGAGCCAGGAGCUUGACACCAGGAACGCCCAAACUGGGCAAACCCCUGCCCCCCAUCGCCCUACACCUCAUACGCUACUAUAAGGAGAACAAAGGCAAGGAGGACAAGAAGAACGCGCUGUCCUCUCUCAUCUCCAAAACAGCCAAAGCUCUGUCUGCGGAGGACCGCGGCCGUCUGCCGGACGAGCUGCGGGAGCUAGUGCAGAAACGCUGGGAGCUUCUGGAGCACAAGCGCCGCUGGGCGGCCAUGAGCGAGGAGGAGAAACAGGAGGAGCUCAGGAAGAAGCGGGAAGAGAUCAAAGAGAAACUACGCGAGAAAGCGAAAGAGCGCAGAGAGAAAGAGAUGCUGGCGCGACGCGAGCAACAGCGUCGAUACGAAGACCAGGAGAUCGAGGGCAAGAGCCUGCCCACCUUCCGCCUGGUUGACAUGCCAGAGGGCAUGCCCAAUGCCCUGUUUGGUGACAUCGCCAUGGUUACCGACUUCCUACACUGCUACUCGGGCCUGCUGAUGCCGGACGACCAGUACCCGAUCACGGCCGUGGCUCUGAUGGAGGCGUUAGCCGGCGAUAAGGCCGGAUUCCUAUACCUGAACCGCGUGCUGGUGGUUCUGCUGCAGACGCUGCUGCAGGACGAGCUGGCGGAGGGCUACAGCGAGCUGGACAUGCCUCUGUCCGAGAUCCCCCUCACCAUGCACUCCGUCUCGGAGCUGGUGCGGCUCUGCCUGCGCCCGUCCGACGCCCACGCCGACGAGAGCGGGCGGGACUCGGAGGACUGGCCCCCCGGCGGCGGGUACGACGACGUGGUGAGCAGCGAGUUCCUGGAGCGUCUGGAGACGUCGGAGAUAUUCGAGUUGACCCCGCAGGAGAAGGUCAGCCUGCUGGUGGCGCUGUGUCACCGCAUCCUCAUGACCUACUCGGUGGAGGACCACGUGGACGCCAUGCAGCAACGGUCGGCCGAAAUGUGGAAGGAGCGACUGGCCACACUUAAAGAGGUCAAUGACCGCAAAAGGGCGGAGAAACAGAAACGCAAAGAGCAGAUGGAGGCGAAGAACCAGGCAGCAGGCGGUGGAUGGGUGAAGACGGAGAAAAAGAAAGAAGGGAAAGAAGGGGGUGGGAAGAAAGAGGCAGCUAAAGUAAAGGUGGAACCAGAACCAGAGGAUAUGAUCAGCACAGUGAAGAGCAGGAGACUGAUGGCCAUCCAGGCCAAGAAAGAGAGAGAGGAGCAGGAACGACAAAAUAAAGAGCGGAUGGAGAAAGAGGCAGAAGAGGAGCGCAUCAGGAAACAAAAGGCUGCGGCAGAGAGGGCCUUUCAGGACGCCAUCACUAAAGCCAAACUGGUCCUGAGGAGAACGCCACUCGGGACUGACCGCAACCACAACCGGUACUGGCUGUUCUCAGAUGUAGUCCCAGGCCUGUACAUAGAGAAGGGCUGGGUACAUGAGAGCAUUGACUACAGCUUCACUCUACCUCCUGAGGAGCAGGAAAAGCAGCCUGCACAGGAGGAAGAGGAGGAGGAAGAGACAAAGAAAGAGGAGCAGGAUGCAGAGGAUGGUGAUAAGGAGGAAGAGGGCAGCAUAGCCAGCACGUCUAACGAAGGCGGGCAGCAGGGCGCCGCACCCACUAAUGAAACCUGCAUUGAGACAACCGUACCCAAACAGGGACAGAACCUCUGGUUUGUGUGUGACACCACAAAGGACCUGGAGGAACUGAUUGAAAGUCUUCAUUCACAAGGAGUCAGAGAAAGUGAGCUGAAACUCAAAAUGCAACACAAGUACCAGGAUCUCCAGCACUCCAUCCACCUGGCCAGAAAGGCCAACCCGGGACUGAAGACCUGUGACGGCCAUCAGGAGCUGCUCAGAUACCUGCGCAGUGACAUCAUUGAGGUGGCCUCACGCCUACAGAAAGGAGGCCUGGGAUACAUGGACGACACCUCUGACUUUGAGGAGAGGGUACGCUCUCUGGAGAAGCUGAAGGAUUUUGGCGAGUGUGUGAUCACUCUUCAGGAGAGUGUGAUUAAGAAGUUUCUUCAGGGCUUCAUGGCUCCCAAACAGAAGAAGAAAAAGAAACAGGCAGGAGAGGAGAGCAGCAAGGCUGAGGAGGUGGAUGAGGAGAAAAGGCUAGCUGAGGAGGCCAGGGUGGCCACGGCGGUGGAGAAGUGGAAGACCGCGAUCCGCGAGGCUCAGACUUUCUCCCGCAUGCAUGUGUUACUGGGCAUGCUGGACGCCUGCAUUAAGUGGGACAUGUCUGCCGAGAACGCACGAUGCAAAGUGUGCCGAAAGAAAGGUGAGGAUGACAAGCUGAUUUUGUGUGAUGAGUGUAACAAGGCUUUCCAUCUGUUCUGUCUGCGCCCGGCGCUCUACCGCAUCCCUGAGGGGGAGUGGCUGUGUCCGGCCUGUCAGCCAACCAUGGCCCGACGCUGCUCCAGGGGCAGGAAUUAUAAUGAAGAUUCAGAGGAGGAAGAGGGCUCAGAGGAGGAAGAUGAAGAGGAUUCUGAUGAGGAAGACGAAGAAGAGGAAGAGGAGUAUCGAGAUACAGGGCACAGCUUGAGGCCAAGAAAAAAGCUGAAGCAUUCGGGACGUUCCAAAGUCCAGAGUAAAUCAGCGUCUAAGAAGCACUCGCCCCCAGUCUCCAAAUCAGCCUCCAAACAGAGGGCAGCGCCAAGCAGCCCUGCUGAUGUUGACGAACUGGUGCGUCAGUGCUCUAAGACUGGGGUGAGCAGACAGGUGCUGGAGUUGGAGAAAUGUGAGGAGAUUUUACAGAAGCUCAUCAAAUAUCGCUACAGUUGGCCUUUCAGAGAGCCUGUGUCAGCAGAGGAAGCUGAAGAUUACCAGGACAUCAUCAGCAGCCCCAUGGACUUCAGCACCAUGCAGUCCAAGUUUAAGGCCAGUCAGUACCGCAGCACCCAGGACUUCGUGGAGGACAUCAAACUGGUCUUCUCCAACGCCGAGGAGUACAACCAGCCCGGCAGCAGCGUGCUUAACUGCAUGAACCGCACAGAGCAGACCUUCACCGAAUUACUGCACAAGAUCCUGCCGGGGGUCAGCUACCUGCGCCGCCGCCAACGCAAACGCCCCAGCCUCACGCCCGCCCACACCGAGGAAGAUGAGGACGACGAGGAGGAUGAGGAAGAGGAAGACGAGGAAGAGGAAGGAGAACGAGGGGGGCGCAGGCUGCAGAACGGCAAACGGAGCAAGGCAGAGUCAAAACGGGAGGAGGAGAACGGCGGCGGACGCAAGACCAGACAGAGCGGACAGCGGGGUCGAGACGAGGAGGAGGAAAGCGAGAGCGAGGAGGAAGAGGAGGAGCAGACGGUGAGGAGAAAGAGCAAGAGGGCGGCGGCCACGUCCAAGCGAAAAGAUUACCGGGAGCAGGAGAGUGACAGCGAGAGAGACAGUAGGAGGAGUGGGCGGCGGCGGGGGGGCAGGGGGGGUGCAGACGAUGCUGAGGCCAGCAGUGAUGAGGACACGCCUGGCCAACGACAUUCCAAACGACAAAAACGCUCAAUAUGAAGACCAGGGUGCUUUUUAUUUGUGUUUUUGAUUUGUUUUAGUUUUUGUUUUUGUUUUCUUCUCGAGAUCGUUUCCUCCUCCGAAAUGUCAAAACACCCCUCCGCUCCUGGAGCAUCGGACAGAAUCCUCCUCCGGUGUAGAUUUUUAUUUAGCUUCUUGUUUGUAUGUUUGUUUAUUUUGAUGUCUUAUGUUCAUAUUUUGACAAACGAAAAGAAAACUGAUUUAUAUUUGUAAGGCAAUUACUAUUGGUGAUACUUUUUUUUUUUUUCAACUAGGAAAAUUUACAUUGUAAAAUUGAGAGGUUAUCUCAGCGAGCUCUUAAGACUUCUUUUCUGAGUUGCCCCACUCCACCACACACCCUUGUCCUCCAAACUCAACCAGUCCCCAGGCCCAAUUCCACCCC